UGACUUAGUUAUGGCUGGCGACAUUUUCAAGAACCAUUUCUCAUUAAAUAAUCACACCAAUAUAUUUAUUCCCAAAGGCCCUCUCUAUUAUAUAGUAGUAUGAACUAAUCAAUGAAAUUAUCAAUACUACUUUAUCUUAAUUAGUCUUUCCUCCUAAUCAAAUUUUCUCUCUCUCCUCAUUCCACUUGUUCUAUUUUGUCUUUAGUUCUUUCCAACAAGACACAAAAAAAAAAUAUUCCCUCUCUCGCUGGCAAAAACUCACCGGCGGCGUUUGUUGUAUUAAUAUUGAAUCACAGAGGCGGUGGUGGCGGCUUUGAUGGCGGCCUAAGCAUUCAUGUGAUUCACGUGAGUGAGCGAGUGAGUUCGUUCAUACUCUUCUUCUGUUUGCAUUAAUUCAUUGCUUCUUGAUUAUAUAAUCUCUAAUUUGGUUGAUUUUUUUCUGCAAAAUGGGUGAAAUCGUGGAGUUUCAGGUGAGGACCGUGUGGGACAUCCUUGGGGAGAGAAUGGACGGCGUGGAUCGCGCGGAGAGGAGGCCCAGUUUGAAGGAACGGCUCGGAUUGAAGGGGCUGGGCUGCUGUGGGCCGAGUUGGGGGAUUGGGCCCACGUCCAUGAGCGUGAUUGGUGAUGAUGAGGGUGUAGGUGGGCGUGAAUCACCUGAUCCGGUGCCGGUUGCGGCGCCGUGCGUGCCGCAGUCGCCGGGGAUGAAUCUGGCGGCGGCGCUGGCGGCGGAGAGGCAGAUCAGGGCGGCGCUGGAUUUUGGGAAUGUGGCGGGAACGCCAUCGAGGGUGUCGUUGAUGACGCUGCUGGAGGAAACGGACGGCUGCGAUGGGGAGAUGAGGAGGAGAGAGGAGGGGGAGAGUGAUUCGGUGUGCUGCGUGUGCAUGGGAAGGAGGAAGGGAGCGGCGUUCAUACCAUGUGGGCAUACUUUUUGUAGGGUGUGUUCGAGGGAGCUGUGGUUGAACCGAGGCUCCUGUCCCCUCUGCAACCGCUUCAUUCAUGAGAUUCUCGACAUUUACUAAUAGGUCGGGGAUUGGAGUCAUUAUUGAUGUAAAAAAACAUUGAUCAACAAUACAUUUGAUGUCAUCGUCUGCUUCUAUUGUGACGUGUUAAUAAUGUUGUUUUAUAGUUUUAAUUAAAUGAGAUUAUUUGUGAAAA